CUUAUUGCGGUCUCCCUUGUUUAAGCUAGACAAGUCUAGAAUGGUGAAAAGUCAAAACUCUUUGAGUCUUUGUUUUCUUUUUGAUCUAUCUUUUUCAUUCUUGAUAUAAUUUUUUUUGUUAAAACUUAAUUUGUAAGCGACGUUUGGUGAACCAAACUAAAAUUUGGGUUUGGUGCAAUCCUGUUGAUUGGAUUAUUCCUCUCACUUUUCUGUACAUCAUCGAGACUAGAAGACUAGUUGUGUACAGUUUUCGUUUCAUCAAGCUCCUAACUGCUAAUCAUCAGAGAUGGCAACGAAUGGAACGACGACGAAGCCACCACCGAUGCCUUCUCCUCUGCGUAAUUCUAAGUUUUUGCAGUCAAAUAUGAGGAUCUUGGUGACAGGAGGAGCUGGAUUCAUUGGUUCACAUUUGGUUGAUAGAUUGAUGCAAAACGAAAAGAAUGAAGUAAUCGUCGCUGAUAAUUACUUCACAGGAUCAAAAGACAAUCUUAAGAAAUGGAUUGGUCACCCAAGAUUUGAGCUUAUUCGUCAUGAUGUGACAGAACCUCUCAUGGUCGAGGUUGAUCAAAUCUACCAUUUAGCAUGCCCUGCAUCUCCAAUUUUCUACAAAUACAAUCCUGUUAAGACGAUAAAAACAAAUGUGAUUGGCACACUUAACAUGUUGGGACUAGCUAAGCGAGUUGGAGCAAGAAUUUUGCUUACUUCCACAUCUGAAGUGUACGGUGAUCCUCUUGUUCAUCCUCAAACCGAGAGCUAUUGGGGAAAUGUAAACCCCAUCGGUGUUAGAAGCUGUUACGAUGAAGGAAAACGUGUUGCAGAGACUCUGAUGUUUGAUUACCAUAGGCAACAUGGGAUUGAAAUACGCAUAGCGAGAAUAUUCAACACAUAUGGUCCUCGUAUGAACAUUGAUGAUGGUCGUGUCGUGAGCAACUUCAUUGCUCAGGCUCUCAGAGGAGAAGCCCUAACUGUUCAGAAACCGGGAACACAAACCCGAAGUUUCUGUUAUGUUUCAGACAUGGUUGAUGGUCUAAUGCGUCUGAUGGAAGGAGACCAAACCGGACCAAUCAAUAUAGGUAAUCCAGGCGAAUUCACGAUGGUUGAACUUGCUGAGACGGUUAAAGAGCUUAUAAAACCGGACGUGGAGAUAAAGAUGGUGGAGAAUACACCGGAUGAUCCGAGGCAGAGGAAACCAGAUAUAAGCAAAGCUAAAGAAGUUCUUGGUUGGGAACCAAAGGUGAAGCUCCGUGAAGGGCUUCCUCUUAUGGAAGAAGAUUUUCGUCUCAGGCUUGGCGUUCUCAAGAAAUGAACUGUGUUUUAAAAUUUCAUUUAAAUUUUGUGUUUUUAUCAGUCAUUUUUGAGUUUACUG